AUGACUUCACAUUUGGAUGCCUCCAUUGUAUUUGAAGGCUACAGCUUUAGCCAACCUCCAGCCGCCAGUGCACCUGCAAGAAAGCCAAAGACCAUGUCGGGAAAGUCAGGUCGUCGAACAACCAAGGGAGAAAUGGACGGUUCAGCGUCGAGCCGUCGAAGCAACACAAGUCACCGCAGCAGCAUGCAAGAUCAUUCCACUCGUUCCAGAAGGUCCAGCACCAUUGAUUCGUCCAUGCAUGAUUUUUCCAGUAACUCCGACGAAGGACGACCGAGUGGCGUCGUGGGAGGGAGCUACUUUGACAUGGAAGAAAGCUUUGAACAACCAGGAGCUCCCAAGAGAGCGUUGGGGAUGAAGCUGUCCGACAGGAAUGCUGGAGAUGCCGUCUUUCGAACAGACAGGCCCACGUGGACCCAGAUCUUUACGAAGGGUGGAGCAUCAUCCAACCGCCACCAUCAGCAUGAUCAUGAUGAGAAAAGGCGAUCGUCCCGCAGCAGCGGCGGCAAGGUAGCUGGAAGAGCAAACGAAAGUCAAAACCCAAGGUCGCAUCAGAGGCUCCAAACUAGAUACCUGGUACGGUAG